AUGCGAACGUUCCGCUCCCACUUAAUUCAUCGCUGCUUCACCAGGCCCCGUACGCUACCGCAGAGUAAGCCCGUCAACUCUUCCGCCGCUGUAUCGUCUAGAGUGGUCGCCUACGCGGACGGUGCGUCUCGCGGCAAUCCUGGCCGCAGUGGCUGCGGUGCCUUGCUGAUGGACCCCAUAACGGGUCGUGUGCUGGCCACAGAGACCAAGUAUGUGGGCGAUUUGGAGACCAACAACGCGGCCGAGUAUCACGGACUCAUGCUAGCACUACAACUAGCGCAGCAACACCAAGCUACCCAUGUGCAUGUGCACAUGGACUCGCAGCUUAUUGUACGGCAGAUGAUGGGUCAAUACCGAGUCAAGGCCGCCAACCUGCGGAAACUACAUCAGCAAUGUAAGGAGCUUAGUGCCGCGCUGCCUUACGUGACGUUCUCCCACGUGGCUCGAGAGGAAAACACUGAAGCUGAUCGACUAGCCAACGAAGCUAUUGACACGGUUGGCGCCAGGGUCCAGCUUGAUAAGUGA